AUAAGGAAAACUUUUACACUGUGCGGUGGUCACCAAUUACUUUAAAGUAAAUUCCGUAUGAUCUCUGAAUCUUGCUAAAUGAAACACUAAUCCGUUCAAUCUCACUGGGCUCACUUGCCUGUUUUACUUCGCCUCUGUCUCACGCGGCCGUACCAUGGGGAAAUCUUUGGGUGGAGCCAAUGACCUAGUUUUGUCCAAUAGCGUUCUGCGAAGGGCAGAGACUAACCUAAUUUGAACCAAUCGCUGGUAGGCAGUAUCCGCGCGUGCCAGGGCCAUGUGCUCCCUUCGAGUGCAGGAAUCGGUUUUAAGGUAGUAGGGAGAUAGAUAUUUUGUGUCGGCAAAAACACAGACUUUCACAAUUUUCACAUUUUUAAAAUUAAAUCAGAGGGUACUGGACAUUGCAAAGCAAUUCCAUUAUUGUGUAGGUUUAGGAUUGGUUGCAGUUGUGGAGUUUGUGUGUAACCUACAGGACCUGUGAUCUUAAUCAGAUAUGUGCAUUGGUCCAUUCAUCUCGUGGUUAAUAGUUUAGCUUUAUGACUGACAUUAAGGUCAACCACGUGUUCCAUCCAUUGGUUACAUUAAAAGUUAUGCAGAGGGCGAAUUGUUCAAGUCGGUGUGGUUUGGUUACAACUCCCCCUGACUGGUUUGUUUAAGAAGGGGUGGUGCUCAUUAAUGUAUUAAUGUAGUUUUGGGCGUUUUCGGAGUUGUAGAUCAUGAAUAUUGAUCAGCCUCUCCCCCAGCGCCAAUCCCCUGUGAGCGCUGAUGUCACGAGAGCGGCCCGUGUUCGUUCCAGCUGACUCUUGCGGUGCUCGGUUGCUUCCUUGCUCGUAGCCUACGGAAAGGCAGGGAAAGAAGGUAAACGACAAAAAAUAACGAGAGAAAAAGACCGAGGGAGCGAGAACGACUAAGUAGGGAGAGGAAAAACGAGACCUCAACACCUAUCCUACUCAUGUUGGAUAUUAUUUGACGACGACUUUUUUUUUCCUCCUAUCACCCCCCGCCCACACUUAUUUUCUCUAUUAUUGGAUUUCUAGGUACCGCUCCAUAAUCCAUUUUACUUCAUGGACAACCCUCAGGUUUGUUUGUUUUAUUUUUGUCCAGGUCAAGAAGAAAAUCAACUCGGUUUGAUGCCUAUUCUCAAUUAAACGGACAUCAUCAAGCAAGGCAUUUUGGCGAAAUCUGAGCGCUGACGUGCAACUUUGUUUAUCUCAUAGAUAGAGGCUGGGAUAAGUGAUUAACUCUUAAAGGGCACAUUACAUUUGUUAAGGUUAUUGAAUAAAACAUUUUUACCAUGAACAUAUUUUUGAGGACAUCAUUUUCACUUUUGAUUUUCUCAUGGAAAGUUGGAAGAGCAAUAGCAAUAGUUUAUUGUUGAUAUAAAAUUAUAUUUGUCAUGUCGAAUUGUACUAUUCUCUAGCACUUUCUUAAUGCAUAUUUAGAUAACCGAAUGUUAGCCUUUCGAAUGAGGUAAAUAACAGUCGGUCUAGCAGUGUGUAUUCAGCUGUCCACCUUUUUAAUCGUCACGUCACUGUUGUGAACCCGCUGACAGCCAGUCAAUCGUUUUGUGGAUUAAUCGGAUAAAUUCAGCGCUCAUUCCACCGUGGGAAUCAACGGCCAUCCCAAUCAUGUCUAGGCCGCUCACACAGCUCCUACCGCCUGACCUCCCGGCUGGAGCGAGCCCACAGUUCGGCACUGGUAACCUUGCGGGCAGUGUCCCGACCGGCGGACACUUGAACUCCAUGGCCAGCCUCAAGACUCUCCUACAGCUGCCCAUCAAGGUUGACCAGCGAGCGAAAGACUGCUGUGUAAUGAAAGAUAAAGACAAACCCCAGGACUCAGACGAGGAAUCCAUGAGUGGAGGUCCAGGUGGCCGGCCUUCCCAGUCGGCCUUCCUGGGGCCCCAUCUGUGGGAGCGCACACUGCCCUGCAGCGACGGGGGCCUCUUCCAGCUUCAGUACAUGGACCUGGAGGAGUUCCUGACUGAGAACGGCAUGGCCAUGCACAACAAAGGUGGCAACGGCUCCAGCGCCAGCGCCCAGGUGCCCUCGCAGAGUUCCCUGCAGUCGGCCGUGCCCAACCAGAGCUCCCAGUGCCCGCCGUCAUCCCCUCCGCCGUGUUCUUCUUCAUCGUCCUCCUCAUCUUCCUCCUCCUCGCUGCUGGGCCUGGACAAUGUGCCGCUGCCACCAAACGGACUGCCAGGCAUGAUGGGAGGGCCCGAGUGCCUACAUGGUGGCCAAGUUGGGCCUCCUGACCUCUCGCCCUCCUCCACCACCACCUCUCCCUGUCCCCCCGGGCCGCCAGGGCGCCCGCCGGUCACCAGUAGCACUGCUGACGUCAUGGUGAACUUUGAUCCGGACCCGGCGGACGUGGCGCUGUCCAGCGUGCCGGGCCAGGAAGCCUUCGACCCCCGAAGGCACCGCUUCUCGGACGAGGAGCUCAAGCCACAGCCCAUGAUCAAGAAGGCCCGCAAGAUGCUGGUGCCAGACGAGCAGAAGGACGACAAGUACUGGAGCCGGCGCUACAAGAACAACGAGGCGGCCAAGCGCUCACGUGACGCCCGGCGCCUCAAGGAGAACCAGAUCACGGUGCGCGCCGCCUUCCUGGAGCGAGAGAACGCUGCUCUCAGACAGGAAGUGGCCGACAUGCGCAAGGAGCUGGGCCGCUGCCGCAACAUUCUCAACAAGUUUGAGAGUCGACACGGAGACUUGUGAGGAGGAGGAGGAGGAGGAAGAGGAGGGAGGCGGUGGAGGAGGAGGAGGAGAGAGGGGUAUAAGGCAACAUUGGCAGCCCUUUAUUUGAGGGGGUGCGCGUACGGCCUACGUAGACUUGGCGUAAGCAUAGUAUGACACCUUGAGUAAGCGUCCAUGUUGCGAGUAGCCUGCAGUGUUGCAGUGAGUGCAGCCUCCAUUUAGUGAUUCUGUGCUAUGCUGGUUUCACUUCCCGUGUCUCUUUGACGGGUAUUGUCACUUGGACGUCGCAACGUCAUUCAGUGUUUUAUAUCAGGUGCAUUGCAGUGUUUUUCCGGGUAAUGCGCAGGGCCAUACGUGCACCCGUUCAAAUGAGGUGUUCAAAUCAUACAGAUCACAAGACAACUAAUGUUUUUAAGCUAUAGACAAGGAGACAAGCCAGGGGAAGACAGGUGUGUACUUUAUUUCUAUGACAAAACAUGUAUAUUUUUGAACUGUACUGGGCAGGGAGGGAGACGUGGGCAAACGAGAAAACAGAGGAUGAGCUACAGUAUAACUAGAAGAGGAAGAUUAGGAGAGGUGGUUCAGGACAGAAGAAAGCAAAGAGAUUUCAACAUAACUGUAUAUUUUUAUAUUUGCAAAGAUGGACAGUUCAGAGGGGAUUUUGGAAGUAAUAUUUUGUAUAUUUUAUAUAUGGGUGAGUUUAGUAUAGAGAUGGGGGCUAUUGGUAAAUGGAUUGGUAAAUGAUAUAUUUUGAACUCGUUAAGAUAGAGGGGUCAGAGGUCGUAAUUGAGAAUGUAUAAUGGUUGUAUCCAGGGAUAACAUGACGGCAAGAGAGGAGAAUUAUCUUAGUAAAUGUUUGUGGACAUAGACAGAUCGAAGACAUUGUAUAGUUUUAAUUUUGUUCUGUUAGGUUCGUUGAAGCACUUAAAAGGGAAUUCUCAAAAAUGUUCACUUCAUGUUCAUCAUCGCCAGUACCAUUAAUAUGUGGAAAUGGGGCAUUUAUGUUUUGUAGUAAAAAAAGACAAGUGUUUCCAAUGAGUUCAUCAAUCAAUUAGUAGGCAAUGCCUACUCGUAAUUGGUUAAAAUCACAUGAUGCACACCGAUGAUGUCAUUGGAAAUACUUUUCACAUAUGUUGAUGUUGGGGUGGUUCUGGAGAUGAUGAAAAUUGAAAAAUGACAAGUUUACUUUUUAAAGGGCAAUUCUUCCUCUUUUCAACCGCAUUAUCGUCAUCUCCACCAUCAAACCAGUGUUUACAUAUGUGAGAACAUCACGUUCCUAUUGUCUGUGCUUAAAAAGAUACGAAGUAAGGUCCCCCAAAAAAUGCUUCUCUUAUGACAUCACCUGCAACAAGUUUUUAGCCCAAGGGAGAGUAUUUUCUAGCUCCCCGCGUGCCCGCGAAUCUCAGUGUUUGAAAAUCACAGUUUUUAAAAUGUUGAAACUUUUGAUGUCAUUGGGGAGAACUUUUUAACUUGAUUUUUUUUCUACAAAACCUAGAAAUGCACCUUUUUCACAUACACUACACAGCCAAAUAUUUCAGCCAAACCCGUUGCUAACUGGUUUAUAAAAUCUUGCACACAGCCAUGCAAUCUCCAUAGGAAAACAUUGGCAGUAAAAUGGCCCGUACUGAAGAGCUCAGUGACUUUAAACAUGGCACCGUCAUAGGACAUUCCACCUUUCCAACAAGUCAGUUAAACACA